CCUUGGUCCGCUCUUUUCUUCUCUGCCUUUGAGACCUUUCUUCCAAACGAUCGGACCAAGCUUGCGUCAUCACCUCUCGAUCAGAUAUAAGAGAAGAGCUUACCGGAAGACGUUAUCAAGGUGCCACACUUAACUGAGUAUUUUGAGUUCAGCUACUAACAGGUAAGUUCACUACCAGAUACUAAGGGUAAGGCCAAGGCCUAGGAAGAUGACGAGGGAGUGGAACGCGUGCCAAGAUGAGUUAACGGGGACGACCUUGGUGGCUUCUAGCUAGAUAAUAUUUGGUUUCAGUAUUUCAGUGUUAUAAUAAAGUGACUUAUAUCACUUUAUUUUUUUUAUUUGAGGAUUUGAAGUUUUAGCAAAUUCCUGGAUCCAGGUGGUUAUCACAUGUGCUGGUGAUAACUAUAUUUUAUUGAGUUUUUAUCAAGAGUUAUACUUUAAUUAUAUUUGAGAUUUUAUCAGGGUUAUUUUCUUAAAUAGGCGGCCGUUAAUUGCAGCUAUUUUUUUAAAAGUAGUAAGUUAGUGUAACGAUUCCUUUAACCCUGAGAGGGGCGUUACACGCGUACACACAUAUAAAUGAAAAACCUGCUUACAUAUAUGAAAAAAUAUUCAUAUCAUUAGAUGUAUGCUUAUGGGUGUUAGCAAAUUUCCAAAAGUCUCUAGUUUAUGAAAAAUGCUUAAAAGAAGGCUCAUGUUUGUUUGUCCUUGUUACAAGCCUACAAACUACAUCCUCCUCUUCGUGGAAGAGAAUCUUCCUGCAAGGCGGGUGAUUGCUAUUCGUGGAAGACAACUUUUUUUUUUCAAAGUCCAUUUUGCAAUAGCCUCAAGCGGCUGGUUAUCCAUAGAUUAAAUGUCAUGUGGACACCUAUGAGAGCCGCAGAGCCGCCUACGGAUCGCACAAAUUUUGCAUUAUUGAGAUUUGAGAAUCUGAGCUUCACAUUGUUUAUCAUUUAUUCCCCCAACAGCGGGGAGUGCAUUUCAAAGAAGAAUGUAAAGCAGAAGACCAGAAACCGCAACAUUUCCGCCACACUCCAAAAAACUUCACCUUUAUAAUUGUUGUCUUCGGUUCUGGCAAACAAUUUCAUCCGAAGAAAUCAAGCCCAAAAUCAGCACAUUUCUUCCGGUUUACUGGGAAUCGUGUAUUCGUGUGAUCUCACCAACUACCAAAUGGAUGAAGAGAGAAAUGUGUAUACAGUAGAGGAAGCACUUGUUACAAUGGGAUUUGGGAAAUUCCAAGUUCUUGUGCUCCUCUAUGCCGGGAUGGGUUGGAUAUCUGAAGCCAUGGAAAUGAUGCUUCUCUCUUUUGUGGGACCAGCUGUUCACUCUGCUUGGAAUCUUUCUCCUAGUCAAGAGACCUUACUAACUAGCAUGGUUUUUGUUGGCAUGUUGGUUGGCGCCUACUCUUGGGGUAUUGUUUCCGACAACUAUGGUAGGAGGAAUGGGUUUUUCGUAACAGCAAUGAUCACUGCUCUUGCUGGAUUUACAAGUGCCUUUGCGCCAAACAUAACUGUGUUGGUUAUCCUGCGCUGUCUGGUUGGUUUUGGUUUAGGAGGGGGUCCAGUCCUUUUCUCAUGGUUCUUGGAGUUCAUUCCUGCUCCAAGUAGAGGCACCUGGAUGGUUAUUUUUUCAGCUUUCUGGACUAUCGGCACCAUUUUUGAGGCUUCAAUGGCAUGGAUAGUCAUGCCAAGACUGGGUUGGAGAUGGCUACUUGCACUCUCCUGCAUACCAUCAUCUUUGCUUCUUUUGUUCUACACUUUCACGAUCGAGUCUCCAAGGUAUUUAUGUGCAAAAGGGAGACAAGCAGAAGCAUUGCAGAUUCUUGAAAAAAUAGCAAGGAUCAAUGGAGCAACACUGCCGCCAGGCAUUCUCGUCUCUAACAAACAAGUGGUGGAUGAAGUCACACCAACAGAAGACAAGCAUUUGCUGUCACCUAAAAUAGACCAAAGUCUGAAGUCUAAAUUUGUGGAGUGCACCUUAGGAUGGUUUUCUUCACUUGCCAUGCUUCUUUCACCAAGUUUGGCCAGAUCUACUCUUCUUUUAUGGGUGGUUUUCUUUGGAAAUGCAUUUUCAUACUACGGUCUUGUUCUCCUCACAACCCAAUUGAACAGUGGGCACGACAAAUGUUCGCCGUCCCAUUCAAAAUCCAAGAACUCUGAGACUGUUAACUACCGAGACGUUUUCGUCACGAGUUUUGCGGAAAUCCCGGGGCUUAUCCUAUCUGCUGUAAUGAUCGACAGAAUCGGCCGUAAACAUUCGAUGGCGGCUCUGUUCUUCGUAUGCUGCAUUUUUCUUCUCCCGCUCAUUCAUUCUCAAUCCAAAGGUUUAACAACAGGACUUUUAUUUGGGGCUCGUACGUGCAUCACAGCAACCUUCACCAUUGUAUAUAUAUAUGCCCCAGAGGUAUACCCCACAACGGUUAGGACCACGG